AUGUUCUGUUUUAUAGAUAAAUCCUUGGGUCGUAGAAAAGUUAAGAGAUGUAUGCUAACAAAAAUUUUUACAAAUGUCGUUGUUAGGGCUGGUAACGGUUGUUUUCAUUUAGAAAGUUAUGACAAUAUUGGCAGGCAGGUGGCCAGAGCUAAGGAAGCUUCUAAUGAUGCACGUCGCUCUGCCUAUAGUACGGUUUUUAUUUAA